UCUCUCACCGUCUCGCCUCCCAUCUUUCCUCCCCGGUCACCUCACUGUCCAUUCCCCACUUCCAUCCAUUCCCAUUCCCUCCCCCCUUUGCUACUCCCUUCUCUUCUCUCUCUAGCUUUCAAGGCUGCGUAUAGAGAGAGAAAAGAGAGAGAGAGAGAGAGAGAGAGAGAAUGUGCACCACCAAGCACCGCCGCCGGAGCUCCGACCCCGGCCGCUCCUCCAGAUCCGCCUCCCCGACCCCCACUCCCUGGAUCGCCGACUCCAUCCGCGGCGGUCCCCUCCCCCGCGUCGACCUCCACUCCGGCGCCAACGGCUGGGCCUCCCCUCCCGGCGACGCCUUCUCCCUCCGCUCCAAGACCUACCUCCGCAACCGCCUCAAGUCCCCCCCCGGCGACUACCUCCUCUCCCCCGCCGGCAUGGACUGGCUCCGCUCCCCGGCCCGGCUCGACAACGUCCUCGCCCGCCCCGACAACCGCGUCGCCCAGGCCCUCCGCCGCGCCCAGGCCGCCGGCCGCUCCGUCAAGUCCUUCAUCUUCGCCGUCAACCUCCAGGUCCCCGGGAAGGACCCCCACAGCGCCGUCUUCUACUUCGCCGCCGAGGAGCCCCUCCCCCCCGGCUCCCUCCUCUACCGGUUCGUCAACGAGGACGACGGCUUCCGCAACAGCCGGUUCAAGAUCGUGAACCGGAUCGUCAAGGGCCCCUGGAUCGUCAAGAAGGCCGUCGGCAACUACAGCGCGUGCCUCCUGGGCAAGGCGUUGACCUGCAACUACUACCGGGGCGACAACUACUUCGAGAUCGACGUCGACAUCGCGAGCUCCAAGAUCGCCAGCGCCAUCCUGCACCUCGCAUUGGGGUACGUGACGAGCGUGACCAUCGACAUGGGGUUCGUGGUGGAGGCCCAGGCCGAGGAGGAGCUGCCGGAGAAGCUGAUCGGCGCCGUCAGGGUGUGCCAGAUGGAAAUGUCGUCGGCGCACGUGGUGGACGCCCCAUACCCGCCGCCGCAGCAGCAGCCGCGCGGGCACGGCUUAGCUAGGGUGAACCACCAUACCUCCGAAAACGACGAGGACGACGACGAAGACGACGAUUGAUUCGGAAACGCGAAGGAAGACUGCAGAGGCGAAACUCCCUCCUCGUUCGAGCCCCUCGAAAUGCACUAUGCGUUCAGGUAGGAUCGUCCUCCGCGGCUGACUUUGAUGCUAAAAUAAGAAGAAGAAAGAAAACAUCGAAUGAUGUGAAAUUAGAUUUGACCCUUUUUCGAUGGGGUGGUGGGGUGGGGGCGCCCUGAUAUCUGUAGAUAGCUGAAUCUCAUUUUUAUUGCGAAGAAAUAACAAUGCCCAGUUCUUGCUUCUGGGAAAAGCUCCCUCGUUCCUUCCUGGGAUCUUUGUUUUAGACGAUGUAACACCACCUUUUGUCUGGUUUAACGCUUAUCAUCGAACAAUCUCUGGACAAAACGAGGAAAUGUGAGGAGAGAAGAGAAGCAUUGUCUUCUUGACAA